AUGAGGAAUCAGUUUUGGGAUGGAGAACUGAGCUACAACCUGGUCAGUGCUAAGGAAUUACCCAAGCCUGUGUUCUAUCAUAACACAGUCGAAGGAGAAAUUCCCAUUGGCGCAGUUGUUGCGACGGACCCAUAUGAGAUGUACUUGGAGUCAAUACCCUCUAACGAGAACCCAAGGCAUGUCUAUGUUGGUGAUCCAUCGGCUGCUCUCAGAACAAUAAACAGACGGAUUAACGCGCAUCUCAACGCGGACUGCAUCCUCGACAGUGGAUCUCAGAUUGUCUCGAUGGCCUUCUCAGAAGCUGUUGAUGCACAAUUAAGCUGGGACCCAAAAGUCGUCAUCUACAUGGAAAGCGCAAAUGGAUCUAUCUCUAAGUCACUGGGAUUAGCGAGAAAUGUACCCUUCAGGUUUGGGACCAUCCUGGUCUACCUGCAGGUGCACAUUUUGGAAAGUCCAGCUUAUAAGGUGUUGCCAGGCAGACCAUUUGAUAUCGCAACAGAAAGCAAUAUCAAGAACGCGGCCGACCGCAGCCAGAUAAUCACUAUGCGCGAUCCCAAUUUCAAGACACGUUGUGCAAUGGCUAUGCAGCUGUGUUGUGCAGACAACUUGCCACGCAACGCCAAAAACAACAAUAGGUCUACCGAGCCCUACAGUUCAUCUAAACCUACGACCAGUCCAGACGAACCAAAUCCUGAACGGGAUUUUCAAAGAGCUUCGAGGAAUUGA